CUACUCGAGGAAGUCAAGAUCAUCCAUACAUACGCUGUGUUAUAUACCAAUCAUUUAUGUGUCCCCUUGUCAUUCCUUGGGAUGAGCCUCGUUUUCACACUCUGCUCAUAUACUUGCAAUUACCAACCAACCACCAUUUUUCAUUCAAUUACUCUCCUCUUACACUGUCACCGCCACCUUUUUUCACCCCCCUCAUUAAUUAAACUUCAUCCGAGCAACUUUUUGCUGAUAGGACCUUUUCUCAACUAUACUCAUGAAACUGUAAUCUUUGUUCUAUUUCAAUCAUGUUUUGGCGGUUUUGGAUACUGGGCAUGGCCAAGUUUGAGUCUUUAUGGUGAAAAGUUUGGUGGGUGGCUUGAAAUUGGAGUCAAGUAUGAAGCAGCUUAUGAUUUUGCACCUUGUAACAUGGAGUUGGGUAUUCCUCCUUUGUGGUAUUGCUCACAGCCAAAGGCCUGCCAGUGUGAACAUUGGUGCUGUUUUUGCUUUCGAUUCGGUCAUAGGUAGAGCUGCCGAGGUUGCUAUGGAAAUGGCUGUUUCUGAUGUGAAUGCAGACCCCAGAGUUCUCAAGGGAACCAAACUCAACUUGAUCAAGAGGGAUGCCAUGUGCAACGCUUUUCUAGGAUCCAUUGGAGCUUUUCAAGUACUUGAGAAAGGGGUUGCAGCUAUAAUUGGUCCACAGUCGUCUACUGUAGCUCAUACGGUUUCUCAAAUUGUUGAUGCUCUCCAAGUUCCUCUUAUUUCAUAUGCUGCCACUGAUCCAACCCUGUCUUCCCUCCAAUUUCCUUUCUUCUUUCGUACCACACAAAGUGACUUAGAGCAAAUGACUGCAAUGGCUGAUCUAAUUGACUAUAAUGGAUGGAAAGAGGUCAUUGCUGUAUACUUAGACGAUGAUUAUGGAAGAAAUGGAAUAUCUGCUUUGAUUGACCAACUUGACAAAAGGAGGUUAAAAAUUUCACAUAAACUUCCUUUGAGUAUUCAGUUUGAUCUGGAUAAAAUCACUAGCUUGCUCAAUCAAUCCAAAUUGUUUGGACCUCGUGUUUAUGUUGUUCAUGUCAACCCUGAUCCUAGACUGAGAAUAUUUUCCAUUGCUCAUAAGCUUCAAAUGAUGGCUGAUAAUUAUGUCUGGCUUGUCACAGAUUGGCUUGCUACUACACUAGAAUCGUUAUCCCCGGUGAAUCAGACCACUUUUGAUGUUCUCCAAGGGGUAGUUGGUCUUCGGCAACACAUUUCAGAUUCAAGAAAAAAAAGAGCUUUUGUUUCUCGAUGGAUAAAAAUGAAGAAAGAAGGUGUGGUAAAUACUAGUUUGAAUUCCUAUGGAUUUUUUGCUUAUGAUGCAGUUUGGGCAGUUGCACAUUCAAUUAAUAUAUUCAUCGAAGUACACAAAAAUAUUACCUUCUUGCUUCAUGAUAACUAUAAGCAACCUCAAACUGAAGGAACUGGCAUUCAGCUUGACAAGCUCAAAGUCUUUGUUGGUGGAUCUGAUCUGGUCAACAUAUUAUUACGAUCAAAUUUUACUGGUGUGAGUGGUCAACUUCAGUUUAAUUCAAACAGAAAUAUUGUAAGCGGUGGCUAUGAUGUUAUCAAUAUCAAUCAGAUGGCAAUUACUAGGGUUGGUUAUUGGUCUAAUUAUUCAGGAUUUUCAGUUGUACCCCCUAAAGUUCUCACAGAAAAGGAACAUAACAAGUUUUCUCAAGAUCAGAAGCUUGGAAAUAUUAAUUGGCCUGGUGGAAAGACAGAAAGACCACGUGGUUGGGUGAUUGCUGAUAAUACCAAGCCACUGAGAAUUGGAGUGCCAAAGAGGGCAAGUUUUGUUGAAUUCGUAACUGAAUUGCAAGGUAGUAAUCAAAUUCAGGGGUACUGCAUUGAUGUCUUCAAGAAAGCCCUUGCGUUUAUCCCAUAUGAAGUUCCUUAUGUAUUCAAGUCUGUUGGGAAUGGUAAAGAAAAUCCCAAUUAUGAUGCACUUGUGCAAAUGAUUGCUGAAAAUGUACUUGAUGCUGCUGUUGGAGACAUUGCAAUUGUGACAAACCGUACAAUGAUUGUGGAUUUUUCUCAGCCUUUUGCAUCAUCUAACCUUGUUAUAGUGGCUGCUAUCAACAAUGCAAAAACGGAUAGUUGGGUGUUCCUCAAACCAUUUACAGCAGAUAUGUGGUGUGUCACUGCUGCAUCAUUCUUGAUGAUUGGAGUGGUUAUAUGGAUUCUUGAGCACCGAAUAAAUGAUGACUUCCGUGGUCCUCCCAAGAGGCAACUUGUGACCAUGCUUAUGUUCAGCCUCUCAACACUGUUUAAAACAAAUCAGGAGAAGACAGUAAGCUCACUUUCUAAAAUGGUGAUGAUAGUGUGGCUUUUUCUAUUGAUGGUGAUCACAGCUAGCUAUACAGCGAGCUUGACCUCAAUUCUUACAGUGGAGCAGCUUUCAUCACCCAUCACAGGAAUCGAUAGCUUGAUUGCAAGUAACUGGCCUAUUGGAUACCAAGUAGGAUCAUUUGCUUACAGCUAUCUGAUAGAUAAUCUUUAUGUACAAAGAUCAAGACUUGUUUCCCUAGGCUCCCCUGAGGAAUAUGCUAUAGCCCUGCAGAAGGGACCACAUGGUGGAGGGGUGGCAGCUAUCAUUGAUGAGCUUCCAUAUGUGGAGUUAUUUCUGUCAAAAGAAACUGAUUUUGGUAUUAUUGGACAGCCAUUCGCCAGAGGCAGUUGGGGAUUUGCUUUUCAAAGAGACUCUCCUCUUGCCUUUGACAUGUCUACCGCAAUUUUGAAACUCUCCGAGAAUGGAGAGCUUCGAAAGAUACAUCACAAGUGGUUCUGUAAAAUGGGUUGUCCUGAAGAAAGGAAAAGCAACUCUAAGCCUGACCAACUUCACUUGGUUAGCUUUUGGGGUCUAUAUCUCUCAUGUGGCAUUGUCUCUCUCGUUGCAAUGGUGGUGUUUCUGCUACGAAUGAUUUGCCAAUAUGCUCGCUUCAAACAAAGACAAAAGGAUAUUGCUGCUUCAUCCUCAGAACCAUCAUCAAGCACUCCUUGUUCCCAGGUUGUUGUUAACUUCUUUAACUUCAUUGAUAAGAAGGAAGAGGCCAUCAAGAAAAUGUUCACUCAAUGUGACAAUGUUCACAACACCAACUGAGAUGAAUAUUGUGUUGCAAAAGAGCUCAAAUUUAUAGAUUCAGACAAUGCUGUCACUCGGGUUGUUUGCUUUUAACAUGACUAUAUGAUAUGUGAUGGCACAAUAGUCUCUGUAUAGUGACAAUAAUGAUAGUUUUGUAUAUUAUUUGUAGUAAGUGCUAGUGUUAUACUAGUUUUUAGUUUAUUUUUUUUUACAAGGUCAUGCUGUUUAAUAUGCUUUACUCAAAUCAACUGUAACAUAUCCCCAUGUUCCAACCUUAGUGUAAUUUGAUGAAUCCAACUUAGAUGAUUUCAUCCUUAAGUUUGUUACAAAAAUUUUAUG